AGUGCGAAUCAAAACAAAAAACACACAUGGACUGUGUCUCCUUUGAAUAUUUUCAUCGAAAAAUGCAUCCAGCUCAAGUUGAAAACCGCGAAUAUCCCUUUACCGGGAUGAAAAUCGACGAUUCCAGCUUCCUAGAGACCGGAGAAAGUCGAUUUAUCUGUCGUCGUUGCUUUAAAUCCCGCAAAUAUUUUUGUUACAACUGCAACUUGGCACUGGAGGAACUUGCGGAUCGAAUUCCCAAAGUAAAACUCCCGAUAAAAGUCGACAUUAUCAAACACAAACGUGAAAUUGAGGGGAAAAGUACGUCGGUUCAUGCGGCAAUUCUCUCAGAUGACGUCCGAGUUUAUCUCCAUCCCGAUAUUCCGGAUUAUUCGCAGGAAAGUGGCGUUUUUCUCGUUUAUCCGUCGAGCACGAGCAUUAGUAUCAUGCACUUGUUGCAGGGACAGACCGAGUUGAAGUUGAAGGAGAAUUUUGGGUUGAGCAAGGACAAGUGCAUGGGAACGUUGUUGAGCAAAAAGUUGGAUGAAGUGAUAGCGGAUGAUGGAAAAACUGAGGAAAUGGAGCUGAAAGAGUAUAAAAGUGUCGAGGAGCUGCCGGUGAAGAAAAUUGUCUUUAUUGAUAGUACGUGGAAUCAAAGUAGGAGCAUUUAUACGGAUGAGAGGGUUAAGAGGCUUAAGACGAUUGUCAUUCAAACGCGUUUAUCGAAUUUCUGGCGACAUCAACGCGGCACCCCCCGCUGGUACUUAGCAACAAUUGAAGCCAUUCACCAAGUCUUGCUCGAACUUCACGUUUACGCCUUCGGACUUGAUCCCAACUACCGCGGAUUAGACAAACUCGAGGUUACUUUAGCAAAUCCGCCGAUGCGAAACCCAAAAGAAGACACAGACUCCGCUGUUCAGCCCUACAACGGUCAAUACGACAACUUACUCUUCUUUUUCCAACACAUGUACCAACUAAUUCACAGUUAUUACGACGUUUCCGAGCUCAAAGCUUACAAAAGGCCCACGGAGUAA